AUGGCUGAAGAAGAAACCGCUGAUGCUGGUUCCUCUUUGACCUACCCAAUGCAAUGUUCUGCCUUGAGAAAGAACGGUUUCGUUGUUAUCAAGGGUAGACCAUGCAAGAUUGUCGACAUGUCCACUUCCAAGACUGGUAAGCACGGUCACGCCAAGGUCCACUUGGUUGCUCUUGACAUCUUCACCCAAAAGAAGUUGGAGGACUUGUCCCCAUCUACCCACAACAUGGAGGUUCCAUUCGUUAGAAGAACCGAGUUCCAAUUGUUGGACAUUGACGAUGGUUACUUGAACUUGAUGACCAACGACGGUGAGACCAAGGAUGACGUCAAGGCCCCAGACGGAGAGUUGGGUGAUAAAUUGCAAGCUGACUUUGACGAAGGUAAGGACCUUUUGGUCACUAUCAUCUCUGCUAUGGGUGAGGAGGCUUGUGUUUCCUACAAAGAAGCCCCAAGAGGCAACUGA